ACUUUACGAUGGGCUUCAUUAGGAAAUUCAUAUACCCACAUGGCUUUAUGGCUUAGAUCAAUUGCUACCAAGAUCAGAGCUCUACAGUACAGUCCAUCACUAUUCAGACCAACAGAAAAACAUAUCAGCACUCUAUUAAAGCACAGACAGCGCUCAAAAUUGACUAGAAUGAGCACAUCAACAGCAAACCAAGGAGCCAUUGAUCAAGGCACUAUUAGUGACCCAGUCAAGGCUACUAGUGAUAUUAAGGAUGAUAGUAUUGAGAUGCAGGGAGUGUGUGUGGAGGGAGAGUCACUACCUGAGGUAGUGGAGGUGUGUGAGGGCCGGGCCAAGAUUCUGUUCCCCAGUCACAACGAAGUGUUCUACAAUCCUGUGCAGGAGUUCAACAGAGAUCUGAGUAUUGCUGUUAUAAAACACUACGCUGAGCACCGAACACUGACCAAGAGAAAGAAAGAAGUAAGCACCAGCUCUCAUAUCAGUCCUAAGCAACAACAACAAGGAGACAAAGCACCAUCCAAGCCUAGUCUGCGUAUCCUGGAGGCACUAGCAGCGUCUGGUCUGAGAUCCAUUCGUUAUGCCAUGGAGAUACCCCAGCUAGAGAGUGUGGUAGCCAACGACUUCAGUAAAGAUGCCUACACGUCUAUGUGCAAGAAUGUGGAGUAUAACUCAGUGGGAGAGAAGGUACUGCCCAGCUGGAGGGAGGCAAGUAUGCUCAUGUACGAACAUAGAGAGCCCCACUCAAAGAGGUUUGAUGUGAUAGACCUUGACCCCUACGGUUCCCCUUCUCAGUUCCUGGACUCUGCCAUCCAGGCAGUGAGAGACGGAGGGCUUCUGUGUGUAACGUGUACUGACAUGAGUGUGCUGUGUGGCACAAACAGUGAGAGCUGCCACUCCAAGUAUGGCUCAGUCUCUCUCAAGACUAAGUACUGCCAUGAAAUGGCUCUGCGUAUUGUGCUCUCAUCGCUAGAGUCCCAUGCCAACCGUUACCGACGCUACAUCGUUCCCCUCCUCUCCUGUUCCAUAGACUUCUAUGUCAGAUUGUUCAUCACUGUAUACACCAGCCCACAAGAGGUCAAAAGGUCACUCAGCAAGCUUGCCAUGGUGUACCACUGCACUGGGUGUGAGAGCUUCCACCUCCAGCCUAUGGGCAAGAGAGUGGAAAAUGGACGAUCAAGGAAGUACCCCCCAGGUAGUGGACCCCCUGUGGACAAGAAGUGUGAUCAGUGCGGGUACGGAUUCAAGCUAGGUGGUCCAAUAUGGGCGGAGCCUAUCCAUGACCCUGUGUUUGUCGGUGGUCUGUUGGGUGAGGUCAACGCAGCACCUCAGGGCAUGUACAAGACUGUGGAGAGAAUCAAGGGAUUCCUGACAGUCGUGUCUGAGGAGCUUCACGAUGUUCCCCUCCAUUAUGUAUUGAACGGUGUGUGCUCCACCCUCCACACCAGCACACCCAAGAUGGCCGCCAUGAGAUCUGCCCUCAUGAACCAAGGCUAUCGAGUAUCCAUCACCCACACUGAUGCCAACACUAUCAAGACCGACGCUCCUCAUCACGUACUGUGGGAUAUUCUGAGAUGUUGGGUGAAACAGAACCCAGUGAAGACACCCAGUCCUACAUCACCCUGUGCAGCCAUUCUGAGCAAAGAGCCAAAAAUUGAAGCAUCAUUUGAGAUACGAAAGGAUGCCAACCCACCGUCUAAACUACUAAAGUUGUCAAGAUUUCCCUCAAAUCCCGAGUCAAAUUGGGGACCUAAGGCCAGGGCCAAGAGAAAGAAGGACAAUCCAGAGGAAGACUUGCCCACCAAGAGACUAAGACUGCAAGGCAAGAGAGCUAAGAAACUGGACAAUGACACUGUGGACAGUUAGAUGUGAUCCAUUUGGUUUUUAUAAGUAGCUAGGGUCUCACUGUGAAAUUAACCGUAAAAAUGUCUAA